AAUCACUCUCCCCUCCUUCUCCUACUCUCUUCCUCUCCUCUCUCUUCCUCCUCCCUCCCCUUCAUCACCUCAUUCACGAUCGUGGUCUCUACUCAGUCGAGGGAAUCUGCACCCCGCUUCGCGUCCCGUUGCACGGGCUUAUCGCACGGAUUCGGCGCGCCGAAAAGUUAAAGGAAAAGAUUUGCCUCACCCACGUAAUUGAUCAACCGGCUUCUUUUCGCCCCGGGAUCAACGUCCUCCUUCGGGACUCUCAACUUCAAUCCCUCAAUCGUGAAGAACAAAGGUCCCAAAAGGAAUCACCUCCUUCCUAACCUUUCCGUGACCCUCUUUUUCCAGUCUGUGAGGGGCAUGUGUUCCACCUGAGUCCCCGAGUUGGUUCGUCGAUGAGUAUGACGUCUGAAACGGCCGAGUGCUCGACCCCAACCGCCAACUCUAUGGAGUCAGGUUUCCAGACAGUCCAAUCCCCAGCCAAGAUGUCCGCCCAGCCGUCGGAGGCCGGUGAUGCCGAUGCCAAGUCCAAAUCGCAGCCUGGCCAGGUGCGCUUCUCCUCCGUCACCCAGGAGAUUGAACCCUCCAAGACGAUGCUGUCACCAGUGUCGGAGACACCUUCGCAGCCUGAAUCGCUCAGACAAGCUCCCGAUGAAGAGGAAUUGCGGUCGCUGGCCCAGAGCUUGCAAAGAUCGCAGCUCCAGGAAUCUCGUCUACGCAACUUUUCAUUCGAGCCAAUGUCUCUUCCAUCUUCCAGGGUUGGCUCUCGAGAGUCCAGUGACCGUAGUGCCAUAGGCACUGGUUCGUUCAUGGCUUCCCCUCAUGCUUCCCCCCCCGUUUCCGCUGUACAGUCACCUCCCCUGACCCCGGCUGUUACCAACUCCCGCGAGGGCCGAGCUACUGGCCAACACCCCGCGAUCACACCUGAAACCUCCCCUCCGGUCACAUCCGGUGACAACCACGCGGUCCAACGAAGCGCCCCAACUUCCCGGCCCACCUCCACCGACUACCUCUCCAUGAAGCAGAGCGGCUUCUCGGAACCUCCGUCCCAGAUCAAUACGGCGGUCCCGAGACACCGUGCCCAAUUCUUUACCGGAGCCGAUGCGAGCUCCCAGGAAGAGAGCCCUCCCCCAACCCCGAGAGACUCCCAUACGCCACCGGGCGCUAUCACUCCCGUCGGCGAACCAAAUGACCCAUAUGCCCGGAGCAAGCGACCCCCGCAGUCCAAGAACCUCGCCCAGCUCGACGCACGAUUUAUCUUUGGGAGUCGAGAUUCGAAGCGCUCAUUCCGUCCUGGUAACCCCCCACGGUCGGCGAGUGCCAGUGAUCUGGGUAAAUCAAGCGACAAGCGGAAUCACAAGAAGGAAUCGAGUGAUAAGAAUGGGCAUAGCCAUCACCACCAUGGCUCCAUGUCCGAACUCAAGCGUUUCUUCAAGAUGGGCCACCGUAACAAGCGGCCAGACUCACCGACAUCGGCUAGCAAGCAGUCUAGCCGCAAUUCCAAGAAAAGCACCCCGUACCAGAUGGCACCCGACAAUGUACCAUUCGCCGAUGAUCACGGGUUGCAUUCCAAGUAUGGAAAAAUGGGGCGUGUCCUAGGAUCUGGUGCUGGUGGUUCGGUUCGACUGCUCAAGCGGAAUAGCGAUGGUGUGACUUUUGCUGUGAAGCAGUUCCGGGAUCGACACAGCUGGGAGACCUUGAAGGAGUACUCGAAGAAGGUCACGGCUGAGUUCUGUAUCGGCUCUACCUUGCACCACGGCAACAUUAUCGAGACUCUGGAUAUCAUUCAAGAAGGAAGCCAUUGGUACGAGGUCAUGGAAUAUGCGCCGUUCGACCUCUUCGCCAUUGUCAUGACGGGCAAGAUGACCAAGGAGGAGAUUUCCUGCUCAUUCAAGCAGAUUCUCAGUGGUGUGGCAUACCUCCACGGGAUGGGUCUGGCUCACCGGGAUUUGAAGCUGGACAAUGUGGUGGUCAACGAUCGCGGUAUCAUGAAGCUGAUUGACUUUGGAAGCGCGGUGGUCUUCCGCUAUCCAUUCGAGAACGAUAUUGUGCCUGCAACAGGCAUUGUUGGUUCAGACCCAUACCUCGCUCCCGAGGUAUACGACGAGAAGAAAUAUGACCCCCGUCCCACGGAUGUUUGGUCGCUGGCGAUCAUCUUCUGUUGUAUGACCUUGCGCCGCUUCCCAUGGAAGCAGCCGCGCACCACAGAUAACUCCUACCGUCUCUUUGUGGCCCCCCCGACUCCUGGCACACCGGUUGCCGAUGUCGACCCUCGGCGCCAACCCAGAGCCAAGUCCAGCCCUGAUCUGCCUCCUGCAGCUCAUGAGGAGAAGCACCCUGAGAUGCCUCAUAAGUCCGCUGCAUUGGCACCCGCAGCGGCUGCCCCAGAACAAAAUGGGACCAAGCCUCCCGACUCUCCUACCAAGGACUGCGACAAGCCCGGCGAAACUGCGCAGAAGCAGGUCAGCCAGACUAGCGUCAAUAACAAGCCCACGCGCACCACCAGCAAAGAGGCGCCACCUCUCCCACCGAAUGCUCAGCCGCCGGCCCAGCGUCAGGAGGUCAUCAAGGGCCCUUGGCGACUUCUCCGCAUCUUGCCGCGGGAAAGUCGGUACAUCAUUGGCCGCAUGCUGAAGGUGAACCCGAAUGAGCGAGCAACUCUCGACGAGGUGAUGAUGGAUGACUGGGUGCGCAACAUCAUUACUUGUCGACAGGAAGACUCGGGUGAGGUCAUCAGUGCCACUAACCACACUCACGUCCUCGAGCCUCCAUCGCAAAGCCCCGCCGUUGCCAGCAAGGGUGUCAAGGCUAAAUAAUUUCCUCCUUCCCCAACCUCCUUUCGUGUAUCAAUUUACUCGACCUGUGCAUAAUUUCCUAUAGGGCCCGGGUAAUGGGCCCUCACCUCUUGUCUCAUUUUGUCUCCUUUUUCCCUUCGAUUCCUCCACCUUUUCAACCCGCGAUGCCCUUCGAUUUCGUCCAAGGUAUGAAAUUUAUCUUGGCUUCUCCUCUUGUUCGAGUCGAUCUCUGUGAGACAAUUAAUCAGUGCGAUUGGUGUUGGUAUACUUGUCCUUGACGGGACUCAUGUAUCAAUUCUGGGUAACUUUGGGAAGCUCUGAGGGGUGGGUUGAAUAGAGUGUGUUUCUGGUGUUGUGGAAAGCCCCAAAUCCGCUGGCAAACGAAAGGCCCCAGUCUCUUUGGGGCCUAGGUAUCCAGCGCUAUACGUCUCCUGCUAGAUCGUCAUUGAAAUGCGAAACAGGGGUUUCUUUUCUCUUUCUUGCCCUGCACAUUCCUCGUUUAGUGUCCCUGCGGGUGGUGCUUUCUUUUCGCGGGUGUCUUCGGUGUUAUGCGAAACCCUCGGGGCAGUAGAUAUUUUCUCAAUAUAAAGAAUAUAGUCUUCUUUCAACAGAAU